UAUUUUACCUCUGAUAAUUGUUCGGCUUCGCGUAUCACGUGGUUACGGUGGGAGAAUUGGUGAAUUGUAGACGCCGAUUCUGGUUCUUAAAAAUCUCCGUUCAUUCAUUCGCUCAAGGUGCCAUAACUUUCUUUUUAAACGAACUAGUUGUGGUGAUAUAAAUGAAUAAGUGAGUACUUCUUUUUUGCGAAAAAGAAGUUCAGUUCGAUUUUGGCUUUGGUUUUCGGAAUUCUGGCACCAAAGAAUAUUGUUGUGUGGGAAAUUGGUACCUGAAUUAUUAUACCAUCUUACACAAGGAAGUUUUGGAAUGGUUCACUGCUGGUUUCCUAACUAAGAAACAUUAAGGCGGAAGAUGUACAGUCAUGCUCUACACUAUAUGAUUUUCUUCUUCUUCAUACAUUCCACAUCCUCUUUCUUCAACGAUCAAAGAAACAUAGAAGACUCAACAUUAACAGUUCCUGGACAAACAUGCCAGUCUUUGAAAGCUACGUACAACUUAAGUUUGAGUUACUCAUUUCUAAAGGAGAAAUGCACUGAAAUCGAAAACAAGAAAAGCAUGAAAAUCCAGAUAGGCUUCGAUGGAAUCGAUGAAAAUCUGUUUGGAAGCUUGAAAAAUAUGGAAAUUCUUCAGGUAACUUCCCUAAACUUCACCAAAAUAUACUUUAGAACUUUCAACUUGAGAACCAUUGAUUUAUCGCAUAAUGAGAUGAAGAGAAUUGAACUGAUAGUGUAUAAGAAUCUCAAAAAUCUAGAUUUAUCCUAUAACAAAUUAUCAAGCAUCAAGUUAACUCCAGUGGAGAAGGAAAAGUCUGUACUAGAGAUCUUGAAUAUUUCUCAUAACGAAAUAAGAAAAUUUGACACAAUUUCGUAUUUCCGAAACAUAAAAUACCUAGAUUUGAGCUGGAAUAAGUUGGAAAAAUUACCGAAACUCCCAACGAAAGAAUUACGUUUCCUCAAUUUAUCUUUCAAUGAGCUGUCAUAUCUGUCUCAUAGUGAUUUAAGUUCCUUGAAGAAUCUUGAGUAUCUUGAUAUAUCUUACAAUAAUAUCAGAAGUUUGGACGGAGUUCUGAAAACAACGUUGAAGAAUUUGAAAAUUUUGGAUUUGAGAAGGUGUGAAACAAAUGGUUUAGAUUAUAACGAAUUGUUGAGGAAUUACCCCAGUUUGGAAGAAGUGAAAACUACAAAUAAAACCUUGGAAUGUAGGGUGGAUUUGAAUGAUACCAAAAAGACUCAACCCGACUCGAAUAAUACAUGUUUCAGUGUUUCAAAUUCAACAAAAACAUGUUGUUGUACGAUGAAAAAGAAUAUAAUAAAACGUUCUGUACCUAAUUCGCAUUUCCACGCAACGAUAAACAACAAGAAAAUGACCCAUAACAUCUCUGGGGUUGCAUCAACCACCAACUCUACCGCAACCAGCGAAAUAACCCUCAAAGACUUCUUCGGUAAACUGCAUCAUCUCAAUGUCGAAAAUGUGAGGACCUUCCUCAACGUCACACUCAACAAAAUCGAUUCAAGCGUUUCGCAGUUACAAAACAGAUACACCAAUAUAAUAAACAAAAUCGAUUCCGACAUGUUUUUGGUGAAUUCUAAGCUCGAUGAACUGAACGAAACUUUCAACGAUAUGCUGUUGGAAAUUUCGAAUUUGGACUCAGGAAACGGUUUUAACGCAUCACAGAACACCAUAAAUCCUUCCUCAUCGUUCAUAGAUCAAAAUUACGAAGACAUCAUUUAUCUCUUGAAACUCUGUUUGGUCCUCCUCUUGAUCUCAGUUUCCUUAAACAUCUUCAGGAUUGUGAUGAGGAUAAGAAGAUCUAGAAUGUCGAAGAAAUAUAGAAUGAACCUGCUCAAUUUGGAAUCGGUUGAACACCACUGAGAUGACCUCGUAAAACUGACCUUGAGGUCAAAAUCAUUUUUGAUGAUUCGAUGGAGACUUUUUGUGUCUCUCAAAUGAUUACAUCGAUUUCCGUUUGAGUCCAGAGAUGUGAUUUUAAAUAUAUAUCUACGAUUAUAUGACGUGUUAUUGAAUUGUAGAGAGGAAGUCUAUUUGAUAAUUGCAUAAUUGUUAUUGAUGGUUAAGUGACUGCCAAUUUUUUUACAAUGUUCUAUUCACGCUACUUAAUGAUGUUGAUUCAAUGUUAUUUUCUCUUUAAUAGAUGUUUGAUUGAAUAAAACUAUUUUCUGACAUGUUA